UGUAGAAAACUAGACGCGAUUGGUAGAACAUACACAGAUAGUUCUAUUAAACAUUUCAACCCGUAUUUCCAAAAAAUGAAAGUAUUGUAGUUUAUGUUUGGUUCGAAAAGUUGCAAACAUGAGGCGAGUUCAUCUAGUAGUGGCACUCCUGGUAUGGAUAAGCGACGCGCAGUCGCAACAAGACUCGACGAAUCUACCUCUGUGCCAGUACUGCUACUGCGCGGACGACGUGGCCCCGCCCAAAGUGAUCUGCAUUAAAGACGUCAAAGAAGUGCUGGCUCAGCCGGACAACUGGGUCGACGCACAGACUAACCAGUCCUACCAGUACGCCGACCUGACUCUGGCGAAUCAAAAUUUCAUCGAACUGAACUUUACGUUCCCUACGGCGAAUCUGACGUACCUAAAUUUGGCCAAAAACGACAUUUACAGGAUAACGGCGAGCGCGUUCAAAAAUCUGCAACAGAUGAAGACGUUGAUUUUAAGCAACAACGAUUUGGAACUGCUCUUGCCUGAUGCGUUCAAGGGUCUUUAUUUGGAAGAAAGACUGCUACCGCUACGGUCAUUAAUAGAACUCCGGCUGGAUCACAACAAACUCCAUACGCUGAAUAUGGACCUCUUCGAGCACACCACAGACUUGGAGAUUCUGGAUCUGAGUUACAACCCCUUGGAGGUGAUCGACAAACACACCCUCAUCGCCAUCGACAGUCUGAUUUUUUUAAAGGAACUUUACCUAGGCAACACCAAUAUUAAGACGUUACCAGAUCAGAUGUUGCACACUCCAAAGUACCUGCAGAUCCUGGAUCUGAGCGGCAACCCUAUAGAGAAAAUACCCAACACAUUAUCGGAAGCGCACAAUUUAACCGCCUUGUACUUAAACUCGACUGGAUUUAAGAAUCUUACCAAAGAAAACGGAUUCCCUCUGAUGAAUACGCUCAAAAUCCUUCACCUUUGCCGCAUGGCCGACCUGGAACGCAUAGAGGGUGAAUCCAUGGCAGGCCUGAUCAACCUCGAGGAGCUUCACAUGAGCGAUAACAUCCGACUUAACCACAUCGAUCAGUUCGCGCUCGCGCAGAUCAACAAGGUCACGGGGGGUACUAUCUGGCCGCCCAUCAAGACGCUCCACUUGGCCAAUAACAAGUUGGCUUAUCUGGACAGCGACGUCAUCGCUAGAUGGGACGCGUUGACCGGUCUGGACCUGAGGUCGAAUCCUUGGACGUGUGAGUGCGAAAACCAGUGGCUAAUCGAAGAUUUGAUGCCCGUUUACUUAAAAAUCGAUAAAAUUAGCGCGAUGCAAGUGAGGUGCGCGGCACCUAUCGAAAUGUUGGAGUACUCAUUCUACGAACUUUACACGCGACACUACAAGAUGAGAUGCUUAGAUAUGUACGGCGCAGAACCAGAGAAAGAUGCGUUUUUACUCGUCGGCAUUUUGGGAGGAAUUCUGAUAGCUAUCCCGGUGAUCUUGUUCGUCAUGCUCGCCUAUCAGAGGAGAUGGUUCGGCUUUUGUACUAUAUUUGACAAGUCUCCGGCGUCCUACUCCAGGAGGUUUUAUUCUGCCACGUCGAGCAACGACGAUUACAUUUAAACUGUUUUAUAAUGAUCGUUAAGUAUGUUAAAUUGUAUGUAAAUGAAUACUUAUCCGCAAAUAUGUAGCUUUUAUUGUCUAGUAUUAAACUUUUUUGUUACCAA